AUGUUUCUUGCGCGCUUAGUUCUGGCGUCUAUCCCCCUCCUCGGGCGGUUGGCUCAUGGCAGCCCGCACCAUAUUACACGCGCCGACAAUGAAUCGUCAAUUCAUUGGUCCGAAUGCCCCAAGGCCGUCCUAACAUAUGCUACUCUGCCGAUGCAAUGUUCUACGCUGAAAGUGCCUCUUGACUACACCAACGCCGAGUCUUCAGAAAAGCUGGAUAUUGCCGUGUAUCGAGUCGAAGCAGCUGUUCCGGUGGAGGAACGAAAGGGCAGCAUCAUCUUCAAUUGCGGUGGUCCUGGUUCACCGUGCGGCCCAGAUCUUGGAGCCUACGCCAAAAGAAUGCAAGCAGCGACUGGCGGUUAUCACGAUCUUAUUACUUUCGAUCCCAGAGGAACCAAGGGCUCGCCGAUACGAUUCAUGUGCUACGAUGACCCCGUCAGUUUGACCGCCGCACCUCCAUUCAUUGCGGGAUAUUCGCACGAAUUUGCUCUGGGCCAAGAUUGGUCUGCUAGCAUCGUUUUGAGCGAAGAUUGUGCGAAAAAGCAGAAUGAAACAGGUAGCUUGAUUGGUACAGCCUUUGUUGCCAGGGAUAUGAUGCAAAUCGUCGAUGCCUUGAAAGAGGAUGGUCUCUUGCGAUUCUGGGGUGUUUCAUAUGGCACUCUCCUGGGUGCUACGACCGUCGCUAUGUUUCCGGACCGAGUGGACAAGAUUAUUCUUGAUGGCGUCGUCAACCCUUUCGAGUACUAUCAUAAUCAAGAAAUCGAGCUGUUUUCUGAUGCUGACGGCGCAUUCUCGGGAUUCUGUCGAGGUUGCGUCGAGAACCCCGCCGCUUGCCCGCUUGCCCAGAACAUGACAGCCGCUGAGUUGGAAGAGUCUCUUUACGGUUUGCUCGAUAUCCUCAAGGCUUUCCCGAUCCCAAACCCAAAUCGACAUCUUCCAAAUCAAGUUCCAGAGUGGACUUAUACCUCUGUGAAGAGCAACAUAUACAAUCGAUUAUAUUUCCCACAAACUUGGCCCGCUCUUGCCAAAGAGAUCGAGGCGAUCAUCACCACCAUUCUGACCGACGACUCAACCAGGAGCAGAUGGCCUGAGUUGGCACAGAAGCUGAAUGCGUUCAUAGAUAUUUUGAAAGCCGAGGGUACAUUCAGCUCCGAGCAGGCUCGCGGCCUCUACUCCAGAGUGGACAAUCAAACGGAGAUUAUAAAGGCCGCACUGCCAGACCAUUCGCUAGCCGGAAUCAAGUGUAGCGAUAUGUUCAUCGAUAGUGCAUCAUUGCACAACUUGUUACCCACAUUGAAGGCCCGCAUGCAGAAGAGCCGAAUCGGCGGUGAUGCAAGCAUUCAGGUCCCUAUGACAUGCGCCAACUGGAAGUUCAAGGCCAAGGAACGAUACAGUGGUGACUUCAAAGUCAAAACGAAGACACCAGUGCUGGUCAUUGGAAACACCUACGACCCUGUCACGCCACUGGUUUCGGCGAGGAAUGUCAGCAAAACUCUUGGGGGCGUCCUCUUGCACCAAGAUAGCUAUGGACAUGACUCUUUACCCCAGGCCUCUUUAUGCACCGCCAAGGCCAUCCGGGCGUAUUUCAUUCGUGGUGAGCUACCCCAAGCCGGAACCAAAUGCUCUACAGAGGUUAAGCUCUUUGGAAAGAACGACGGAUGGGAGGAUGUUAUUAAGCAGCUGGAGAGCGAGCCCUUGUCCCCUUGA